AUGGCGGUCAACCCGGCUCCCAACAUCGGAUCGCCGGUUGGACCACCUCCUGCGCCUUUGCCCUUCAGCUUGCAAACGUCGCAAGAUGUGAGCGACAUUCAAGAAGAGUCCAACAAACGAAAGAAACCACCAAGGAAACUGGACAGUGAAAAGUGCCAGCUUUGCAGACAACACAAAUUGAAGUGCCUGCCUCAACCUCGAACAUGGCCGCAAAAGUGCGAUCGCUGUUUGUCGAAAGGCCUAGAGUGUUCACCUGGCGAAGUCAAGAAAAGGACACGAAGACGGGCUCCAGGCGAAGAAGAGCCUGGAAGCAUGAUGAGUAUCCCGAGCGACCGGGGAUCCCACGGCCAAGAUCAUGAUGGCUCUAGCACUUUUUGGAACUGCGAAGAUCUGUAA